UGUGUGCGCGUGCUGAUUAAGUAGUGUAGCUUUUAAGCCAUCGACGCGACCGUCGACAGUUCGUUCCCAACUUCGGACGCGCUCGGUACCGAUCAAUCGGUAAUCAUUGUCGGGACAAUUUGUAAUUUUAACUGAUUAAACAAGUAAACCUUGCGAUUAAGUUUUAUUAAAGAAGAAUUACCCAAGAACUAUUAGUGGCGCAGUCUAAAAGGAUAGCUAGAGCUUUUCCACCUCAAAAGCCUAGUCACCGGACCUCCGGAGCCGAAAAUGCUGUUUGCCGUCGCCAUACUGACCCUCCUGAUAGGAGCGACCCAGGGCCGGCAAGUAACCCUCACGGAGCUGGAUAACAACCCCGGAGUCCUGCCAUUUAAACUGGGCACCGCUAAGAUUCAGAUGACUGAACAUGUGUUUUUACACUACUAUGAACUAAAUAGUAUUAAGGAUAGUAUUAGUAAUAUAGAGAACUAUAUAGGUAGUUACUUAGAUUAUAUGAAAUCUGCCGACCCCCUUUAUUUUAGAGAUACCUCAGUGACGACCACCCAGAUUUUCUUGAACGACCUCAACACCAUUUAUGGUAAAUUCAAUGCCUUGUACGCGAUUCACCCUAAGCAAAAACGCGGCCUUUUUAACGGUUUGGGUACUGUCAUAAAAAGCAUUACUGGAAAUUUGGAUCACGACGAUGCACGUCAUUAUAACCAAGCCAUACAAACAUUACAGGAAAAUCAAAAUCUAAUUGGAAAUAAAUUGAAUUCUGGAAUUAGCAUUAAUAAACAAAUGUUAGAAUCAUUCAAUAACACGUUGUUAGCUAUGAUCUCUAACGAAAAUAAAAUUCAUGUUGCCUUGAACGAAAUCAUAAUUGAUGUGAAUAUGACUAACUACCGCUUAUCAGACUAUAUCAAAAUUAACAGUCUAUGUAACAUGAUAAAAAGUAAUUUACGGAGUCUUCUUGACUUUGUUACCAUGCUUGAAAAUGCAAUUGCUUUCUCUAAACUGGGUAUAACCCACCACAGUGUAGUCGGCACUGAUAAUAUCAUGUUUAUAUCAAACGUCUUGUUUAAACUUUACAAGGAACAAGAAAUGCUUAUCAAUGAAAACACCGCGUUUCGAGACUAUUAUGACAUCAUUACUUGUGGUUCCUUUUAUGCAGAGAAUAGAGUCGUAUUUGCAUUGAAAUUUCCUGUAAUGUACAAGAAUACAUACACCUACUACCAUCUAUUUCCCACUCCGACUUAUAAUUCGACCAUUCUGAUCCCUCCUAAACCUUAUAUGGCAAUGAACGACGAGAAACACCAGUACAUGGAACAAGAAUGUAAACGUUUCCAAGAAACAUAUUACUGUGAAGAAACCUUUUUUACCUUGGCAUCAAAGCCCGACGAUUGCAUCUACUCGCUGAUCCUAAACCAAGAAAUUUCUGCUACCUGCCAAUAUACAGCAUUUACGAGUGACUUUGAGAUGCUUCAAAGAUUAGACGACUACCAUUACGCAAUAACAUGUCCGCGACGAACAAAAUUACAACUCUUAUGCGACAGCGAAGAAAUUAGAUUUAUCCAAGGAACCUACCUGAUUGAAGUCCCCGAAGGCUGUAUGUUCACCACCGCAAGUUCAUCUGUUAAAAACUACAAAAAUGAAAUUAAAGGCCAAGCUAUUAAGCUUAUUUCCUUCCAAAUGUCAAAUAUUAGUAUUAGAAAUACUGCACAACCGUUGAAACUGGAAAGAAUUCCUCUGGAACAAUUGUAUAAACUCGAAGCUCUCCUAGAAAAGGAGGAACCAUUGCGACAACUGCGAACAAUUGACAUCAAGGAUAAUGACCACCUGUAUUGGAUCAUACCUUUAUACGCACUCAUCGCCGUAGCCGCCGGAAUACUGCUUUGGAGGAAACUAAAAACACGUCGGUCAACCACGAUCCCGAAUGUCCAGGACGUCGAGUUGGCCCCUGCUGGCCAGCCCUUCUUCACGGGAAGGUCUUCUCAGUGAUAAGGGGGGUGUUAUGUGUGUGCGCGUGCUGAUUAAGUAGUGUAGCUUUUAAGCCAUCGACGCGACCGUCGACAGUUCGUUCCCAACUUCGGACGCGCUCGGUACCGAUCAAUCGGUAAUCAUUGUCGGGACAAUUUGUAAUUUUAACUGAUUAAACAAGUAAACCUUG